UUAUUGUUUUGGUUUCCAAAGAGACAUUUAAAAAACACAUUUUCUACAAUACUUUUGUACAAUUUUCGCAAAGAAUGGGAAGUUUAUGAAAUUGAAGCAGCAAUGUUUCAGGACGAAGAACAAGAAGCCGUGUCGUUCGACUCUUCUUGGAAAACGAAACGGUCUGUUCAGGAUGGUGCAUGUCAAACCAGUGAGAUUCUCACAAAUGAAGUUGAAACACAGGCUUUGAGCCAAACUGAUGCUAUGGUUCAAACUGAGAAGGAAGAUGAAAAAGUGGCCAUGACGAUUCAACAGGAAGACUCUCCGGAGCUCCUGGAAUUUCUUCUCAGAAUAUAUCCUGCUGUCAUGGCUGAGCUAGAGGGAAACUCACGAAGCCAUGCAUUUGAUGGUUAUGAUGUUGACUGGGAGGAAUCGUCAAACACUGUGCAAUGUCUUCACACCUUGACACAAGCUGCUUUGGAAGAAAAACUUGAAGUUACAUGUCUGUCCUGGAACCCAACUGGAGCUGUUUUAGCUGUGUCCUACGGUCGAUAUGACCAUCAAGACUGGUGCACACACAAGUCUUUUCUAUGCACCUGGAACCUCGACAGAAGAUCAUUGAAUGCAAACAAAGCCGACUUAGCCAUCGAUAUCCCUAAUUGUGUUAUGAGUAUUGCAUUCCAUCCUGUCACUCCAUCUCUUAUUGUUGUCGGGACUUUUAACGGUGCUGUGUAUGUUUAUGACAUCGGCAAGGAAGACGACCCUUUGAUCGCCUCCUCUGGUGUUGGAGAAAAUGCUCACAAGGACCCGAUUUCACAGGUGAUGUGGUUUAAUGAUCCGGCAUCAAAGGAUAAAAAGAAUAAGAUCAUAAGUGCUGGUGGCGAUGGUAAAAUCUUGGUUUGGAGACUAAGUCAGAGCAGCAAGAAUCUCAAGUUACUCAGCGGUUUUGUCAUCCAAACCGACAGUAUUCCCCGCAGUCUCAGAGUUAGUAAAGCCAGCGGUGGCAGUAUGGUUGGAGUCACCUGUUUAUCAUUCUCUCACGAAGACAAGACAACAUUCAUAGCAGGUUCUGAAGGUGGUGGUGUCUUUAAAUGCUCCUCUAAUGCAACCACAGCGGCGACCUCAGAAGAUAUACAGUCAGUUCCUGUUCACUCGCCUGUGACGUUCGCCUUUCAUCCCUACCUCAGCCCAAUCCAUUCUCUAUGUUGCUCGCCACAUCAUAGAAAUCUUUUCCUGGCAGCCGGUGCUGAUACCAUCAGACUUUAUAACAUGCUUCAGCUAAUGCCCUCUCUGACUAUCGAGCCAUCAUGUGGAUAUCUUUAUUCAGUACGCUGGUCUUACACAAGACCUGCUGUCUUUGCAAUCGCUUGUGGAAAUGGCAAAGUUUUGCUAUACGAUCUUAAGGCAAACAGGAUUAGUCCUGUGAUGACUUUGGAGGGUUGCUCUAAAGGAAGUUCUGUUUACACUGCGGAAUUCAACCCCUCGAGGAAGCAUUUACUGGCUUCUGGCAAUAGCCGAGGAGAAGUGAAAGUCUGGAAACUAAACGACGAUCUGGUCACGCUCAAAUCACGUGAGCAAGACAUCCUGGAAAGCUUGGCGGUACUUCAUGUCGACUGAGUAUGACGAUGAUCCAGGUAACCAUUCAGUUGUAUUAUCGAGAUCGCGCAUCGUUGGGAAACAAAUUUUUCACCUCGUGGGGUGGGGGAACUCUGUCGAGUACCCGCGAACACCGCUGACUGCGUGAACGGGGGCAAGUUUAUUUGACCUUUAUUGUGUCCGAGAGAAAGCGUUAAAAAUAUAUUUAUCUCGAACAGUACGAAGAUUUAUUUAUUUGCAAAGUAAUUAACCAUUCAAGUGUUUAUAAAAAAGUUUUACGUCAAA